AUGGAAAAAUUAUUAAUUUUAAUAUUUUAUUUUCAUGCACCAAACCUCAACAACAACUACAACAACAUAGUGGCCACACAACCUAUAUGUUUGCAAAAGACUCGAACAAAUUUGGUUGUUGGUAAACGUGCCACCAUUGCUGGUUGGGGCAAAAUGUCCACUUCGAGUAGCCGUCAACCGGAAAUGUCUUAUUUGGAUGUACCACUCACUAGUUGGGAUUUAUGUUUGCGUAAUUAUGCCUCUACCGGUGCCCUCGAAUCGCCUAAUUCUAUAGAGGGUCAAUGGAUGUGUGCGGGUGGUGAGGGUAAAGAUGUGUGCCAGGGUUUUGGUGGAGCUCCUUUGUUUAUUCAAGAAAAUGGUAUAUUUUCACAGAUUGGCAUCAUGUCUUUUGGUUCGGACAAUUGUGGUGGUUUGCGUAUACCCAGUGUUUAUACAUCGGUGGCCCAUUUUGCCGAAUGGAUACAUGAUAAUACACCUCCGGAAUAAUUAGUUUAUUUAAAGAACUAAAGUUACGAUCGGUUUUAAGUUUUAUUUUUGUAUAAGAUAUUUUAAAUUACUUGGAGGCAUUCACAGUUUGCAAAAUAUUAAAGGAGCAGUUUUAUUAA